GCGUUGCUGUUUCUGUUCUGCGCUGUGUGAUUAGCGAGUGAGAUGCCUGAGCCGGCGAAAUCUGCUCCCGCGCCCAAGAAGGGCUCCAAGAAAGCGGUGACCAAGACCCAGAAGAAGGGGGAUAAGAAGCGCCGCAAGACCCGGAAGGAGAGUUACUCCAUUUAUGUCUACAAGGUGCUGAAGCAGGUUCACCCCGACACCGGCAUCUCUUCGAAGGCCAUGGGCAUCAUGAACUCCUUCGUCAAUGACAUCUUCGAGCGCAUCGCUGGGGAGGCGUCUCGCCUGGCGCAUUACAACAAGCGCUCCACCAUCACCUCCCGGGAGAUCCAGACCGCCGUGCGCCUGCUGCUGCCCGGGGAGCUGGCCAAACACGCCGUGUCCGAGGGCACCAAGGCGGUGACCAAGUACACCAGCUCCAAGUAACCGCUCUGUGUGUCCCCCCAAGAGAUGUCAAUUUAAAAACCCCAAAGGCUCUUUUAAGAGCCACUCACUGUCUCCAUGAGAGAGCUGCAGACACUGCUCCUUGCAUGAGCUACUUCUCUUGCCAAGGCAUCUCCCAGCAAAACGUUUAUGGGGCUUUUUGUUACUCUAAUUGCACGUUCAUUUCUUUAACUUGCUGCUUGUCCCGGGGCGGGGCUGGGUUGGGUGUUCUUCUUUAGCACGCUUUGUCAUGGACGUGGGGGGCUCUUUUGCCUUGCUGAUUGGCAGUGGGGGGUGGCUAGCCUUGGUUUGCUCCUGCUGUGAAAAAGGAGUGCGGCUUUAUUAAAAUCUUGUGGACUUGGGGAGCUUUUACUGUUCCGGUCACCGUCAAUGGCUUCUGUAGGAUUUAAUGAUCAGAUACUUUGUUGUGCUUUUACAAUAAGGCCUAGGAAAAUCCGGUACUGAGUGCUUAUUAAAAUCACAUU